UGUCCAAACGCGCAACAGCACGACACCUGCCCAUUGACCUAUUUCAAUCCUUGCAGCCUGCCUGGAAGGACGCGUUCUCGAGAUGUCGGUGGCCAAGAAUGUGAAGACUACGGUCUUUUCGGUACGGCGCCCAUGACCCGAUCUCGACGUGCCUUUGCCCUGCCGCCCCUCUCCCGCCAUCCACCGCUUCGGGAGGAAGUACUAAUCGUAUGUACACAGAAAUACACCGUUCAGCCCACUGGAAUCUAUGCCGCCAUCAAUAGGCUCUUCGCGCUCGAUCCCAAGCGGUCCACGGGUAUCCCCAUGAACCCGCAAUUCCGCAACCCACCCCCAGGCGGUCUCGACCCCAACGCGUACGACGACCCUGUCACUGUUCCUGCUGCCGACAUCGCCGAGAACCCAUACUGGAAGCGCGACGUGCGACGACGAUACCCCAGGCUCUCGACUGUCACGCAGUCUGACGCAGUUGCGCUGCUGGAAGUUGGAAGCGCGGCAGCACCCAAGCAGGAGCUGAUUGGCGAGGCAGGCACAAAGUCGCUGGUAGCUGCGCAAGAAGAAGGUGCCAAGGGACUGGCCGUUGCAUUUGAGAAGAACACUGGACUCGCAAAGGAUGUACUAGGUCCUGGUGGCAUGCCUCCACUACCAAGUGGGCUGCACGUCCACGGUGUUGCUGGACAGAAGCGAUAUGAGCUGGAGAGCGAGCAGUCGUACGGUACAGCCACCGUCUCUGAGAAGGUAUCAUCGGAGCUGGGUGCUGCUCCCCUCAACUUCAUCUACGCCUGCUCCGUAUGUUGCGCUUCCUUCGCCGAUGUAUACGAAGGUCACAAGGAGACCGUUCAUGGUCUGUCAGAUGGAAUCAACCCUAAAGAACGCCUUGUGACACGGCUCUAUCUCGCCAGUUGCUGCCAUGUCUUCUGCAGCAGUCACCUCGAGGGUGGCGGACCACCCUUCCAUGCUGCUGGACAGCGACCUAAAGCAAAAUGCCCUGUUUGUGUCAAGGAAAAAGGCGAAAGCGAGCCUCAGGAUCUCUUCUCGAUCCGCGGCUUCAAUAAGGACGAGUACGAUUCUCAGAUCCCGCCCGCAUGGUUUACUGCGCCUCCCAUCCGGCUCGAUGGUAGCGGUAAAGAAAUGGAAGCACUGCGCUUUCAAUAUAUCGCGCUUAUACGGUACUGCCAGAACGCACAUGCUACCCGCAAGCCCCUCCAGCAGGCCUAUACAGAAACGGAGAAGAAACUGGCUGAUACGCAGGAACUCUUUUUGAAGGAGCGUGAAAAAGUCCUCAGUCUCCAGCAGGAGAACGAGCGACUACGGUUGCAGAAGGAUCAGUUCGAAGCCAUGAAAGCUGAAGUCCGACGACUACAAGGCCUUGACAAAGAGAUCGCGCAUCUCCGCGAUGUUAAUCCAAAAGACCUCGAGACCUUUCUGGCCAACAAGUCAGCAAUCCGCCACUACUUGAAGCUUGUUCCUAUGCUAGUCGAUCAAAACGGAAGGAUGCAGGAGCGUCUUCGCCAGCUCGGCUUUGCAAUGGCACUAGAACCUAUACCUAAUUUUGAAGGAAUCGAUCCUCACGCAUUUGAUAGCGACGAGGCUCUGCCUGAAGACAUCGGGCACCCUGGUGCCAAGCUGCGAACGACAGCGUCAAGCCAUACUGUGGGCAGGUCGGUGCAUACAACAGGAAGAAUGGGAACAGCAUCUUCAGGCUCAUUUAUCCAGCGGCCUACGAAGCGACAACGCCUCGAUUCGCCCCUUCCCAACAACAUGCAAGUCGAUCCUCCUCCAAGUCGUGAUGCCAUGCCACCUCCACCAAAGCCGAUGUCCAGGAUGCAGUCCAUGCGCAAAAUGCUCCCAGGUUUCCGAAAAAAGUCUUCGAUCGAUCGCUCAAAUGUCAUCGCGGGCGAUGUUUUCGAAGGAAAUAACGACGUUCAGAUGUACGACAACGGAUAUUGGCGAGACACUGGAGUUGACCAACGCCCUGGACACGACGACUUCCGCAGCGAGACGCCCUAUAUGUCAGGAGCACUUCCUGUAGAACAGUCAUUCCAUGUCUCUGAUCCCCGAGAGUCACAACUCCUUCCUAGUAUGGGCUUCUAUGACAACCGAUCAGACUUUACGUUCCGGGCCUCUUCUCCGGUCAAAUUCGACAAGCAAGGCAAUAGCGAUCGUCCUGUCCAUUUACCUACCGAGCGUUCAUACAUUCGGCUGAUGGAUGGGUUGUCAAGCGACAGCGGAGUAGAGCUAGGCUUGAAAGAUCCUCGCAAGCAACCGAACACAGUUGACCGUGCGAAUGGUGAGAAUAGGCAAGUGUUGCAUGGUUUUCUGAACGAGGACAAUCUACAAGGUGUUGAUUACGAAAAGCGUUGGGAUCUUGGACAUCCGUUCAUGCACCAAUCGCCAUUCAGAUCUUCCACCUCUACCGAUGUCCACGGUUAUCUCCCUAGCCACCACCAGACUAACGGGUUUACGAACAGAGUGCACAACGUCUCGGAUAUCAGUUCCGCCACACCGGCACCUAGAUGGCAACAACAUCGUGGUCCCAAAAUCGAGAGUGUAGUAAGUCCCUAUUUCCGGAACGGUCUUGAUGAGGCCCAAAUUAUCUCGUCACCCAGCCGCGCUGAACCUCAGGAUAGUUCAAAUCGUUCCGGCGGCUUUCAGUCACAAAAGCCAAGGACGAACCAUCACAAGACCGGCUGGGUUGAGCCUCGCAGUCUCAACGCUCUUUCAUUCUUCGAUUCACCGGUUGAUUCCAGAAAUGAGCCCAUCGAAGUGGACCACCGGCGCAGGUUGGUAGGAUCAGUACCGACGCCUUCAGCACAGCAGUAUCAGAGAUGCCGUCUUGAUUCGCGUGGCUCCAUUACGCCACAGAAAUCGAGACGUUUAUCAUACACCAACGACACCGCCUAUGACUUUUCCAAUGAUCGGACAUUUUACAAUAUAAAAGCGCCUAUACAUACGCAAGCUGCGAUCAAUGUAGCGUCUGCAAACCGUCUCUCACAUUCCCGCAUCGGUAAAGUGCCCUCUGCUAUGCCUUCGAUCAUUGCAAGCCGCCCAUUCGCUCGUACGCAACCUCAAUGGGAGAACCUGCAACGAGCAGGUGUGAGGAGUAGCCGCAACGCUUUGAACAGUGCUACCAGAGGUAAUCAUGCGGUGCCAUCGAGGGAUGUCUUCCCUAGCGCUAGUCGGCGAAGGGUUAGACGUUGA